GGCUGCGCAGCCGCCGGGGCUUCGAGGCGGCCGAGUUCUGCCCGCAGCCGCCGCAGCUCGCCGCCAGCAUGGCGCUGGUCACGCUGCAGCGGUCGCCGACCCCCAGCGCAGCCUCCUCGGCCAGCACCAGCGAGCUGGAGGUUGGCAGUGAUGAAGAACGUAAAUUAAACGUGAGCCUCAGCGAGAGCUUUUUCAUGGUGAAAGGUGCAGCCCUUUUCUUACAGCAAGGAAACAGCUCCCAGAACCAGAGAAGUCUUCAGCACCCUCACAAACAUGCAGGUGAUUUGCCUCAGCAUCUCCAGGUGAUGAUCAACCUCCUUCGCUGUGAGGACAGGAUCAAACUGGCUGUCCGUUUGGAGAGUGUGUGGACAGACCGAGUGCGCUACAUGGUGGUGGUGUACAGCAGCGGGCGGCAGGACACCGAGGAGAACAUCCUGCUGGGAGUGGAUUUCUCCAGCAAGGAGAGUAAAAGCUGCACCAUAGGAAUGGUUCUUCGCCUGUGGAGUGAUACCAAGAUCCACCUUGAUGGAGAUGGUGGCUUCAGCGUGAGCACGGCCGGGAGGAUGCACAUCUUCAAGCCGGUGUCGGUGCAAGCCAUGUGGUCUGCUCUACAGAUCCUCCACAAAGCUUGUGAAGUGGCGAGGAGAUACAACUACUUCCCGGGUGGGAUGGCCUUGGUGUGGGCCACAUACUAUGAGAGCUGCAUCAGCUCUGACCAGAGCUGCAUCAACGAGUGGAAUGCCAUGCAGGACCUGGAGUCCACACGCCCUGACUCUCCAGCCCUCUUUGUUGACAAGCCAACUGAAAGGGAGCGAACAGAGCGGCUGAUCAAAGCCAAGCUCCGGAGCAUCAUGAUGAGCAAAGACCUGGAAAAUGUGACUUCUAAGGAGAUCCGAAACGAGCUGGAGAAGCACAUGAAUUGCAACUUGAAGGAAUUCAAGGAAUUCAUAGACAAUGAAAUGCUGCUCAUCCUGGGGCAGAUGGACAAACCCUCUCUGAUUUUUGAUCAUUUAUAUCUGGGGUCUGAGUGGAAUGCCUCCAACCUCGAGGAGCUGCAGGGCUCAGGCAUCGACUACAUCCUGAAUGUCACCAGGGAAAUUGACAAUUUCUUCCCUGGCUUGUUUGCCUAUCACAACAUCCGAGUGUAUGACGAGGAGACCACCGACCUGCUGGCCCACUGGAACGAGGCCUACCACUUCAUCAACAAGGCCAAGAAGAACCACUCCAAGUGCCUGGUGCACUGCAAGAUGGGGGUGAGCCGCUCGGCGUCCACCGUCAUUGCCUACGCCAUGAAGGAGUUCGGCUGGUCCCUGGAGAAGGCCUACAGCUACGUGAAGCAGAAGCGCAGCAUCGCCAGGCCCAACCCUGGCUUCAUGAGACAGCUGCUGGAGUACCAAGGCAUUUUAGAUGCCAGCAAGCAACGCCACAAUAAGCUGUGGAAGCAGCAGGCAGAGAGCAACCUACCCCAGCACACAGAUGGCUCCACAGGCUCCAGCAGCUUCUUGCUGGAGAGCUUGGACAUGGACCUGGAGAACCGGCUGGCCGAGCUGGCCGCGCCGCCGCAGCCGGAGUACCUGGACAACCGCGGCGGCACCGAGGGGCCGGGCGGCUUCGGCUACUGCUUCCGGCGCCUCUCGGACACGCUGCUGGACAACAAGGUCCCCAGGGACAGGCAGGGCUUCUUCCCCGCGGAGGAGCUGGGCAGGGAGGCGCUGGUGCGGCGAGCCGCCUCGCUGGUGGGACGGCCUCCCUCUGCGCCGGCUGAGGGGAGGCUGCUGGAGAUGGCCAAAGCCCUGGAGCCGCCGGAGGAGCUGAGCAGCUUCGCCGAGAAGGAGGGGAAGAGGAAACUGGACUUCAGCCCACGCAAGGGAAGGACGGUGCUGGGCGCCGGGGACGCGGGGGAGGACGGUGCCAGGGAGGAGAACCCGCUGGAGAAGGGGAAGCGGCGCUUGUCCAUGCACAAGGAGGAGAGCAGGCUCAACAGGGAGAACCUCAACAACAACAACAGCAAAAGGAGCUGCCCGGAGGAUUUCGAGCGCGACGCCGUCUUUGGGAUCCUCAGCAAGGUCAAACCUCCCUACCAGUCGUGUGCUGACUGCAUGUACUCCUCCAUGGCUCCCGACUCCUUUGGGGAGCAGUGUGAGAAGCUGCACCCCGGCGCCGCGCGGCGCACCCCCACCAUCUGCACCCAGCCGGCCCUCCUCUCCCACAUCGGCUCCAGCCUGCCCGAGCACCUGCCCAGCCAGGCACACCCCGAGGAAGCCAUCAGGACUAAAGCCGGCGAGGCUCUGCUUCCUCUGUCAGCAGGACCUGGCCCUUUGGAGGUUGGGGCUUGCAAGUCUCUUCGUCAGCACUGCGGCGUCUCGGAGAAAGGCAAAGAUGCGCCCAAAAGCCCGGUCAGAACUCUGCUGCCCAGGAGAAACUCCCACUGUGGCAAGGGCCUCCUUGAUGCUGAAGUGGUCAAAGAGGAGCCUCUGGCUAGAAGAGACAGCAGAGCCAGCAAGGACUUGAAGUACUCAUCCUUCCUCAAGGAGCUGGAGAAGCCAAGUGCCAGCAGCUACUUGAUGCAGCAUCAGGAGUCCCUGAUCCAGCUGCAGAAAGCAGGCCUGGUUCGGAAGCACACCAAAGAGCUGGAGAGGCUGAAGGGCCUGCCCUCGGACACCUCGCCGCUGCUCAGAGACAACCCCCUGAGCAGGGUGGGCUCCAGCAUCAUGGAGGAGAGCGAGGAGCUGAUCUCACACCACGGCCUCGGCCCUCUUCUGAGCCCCACGCCCUUGAUCGCCGAAGACGCGGAAAACAGCGCGGAGAGGUUGGAGAUGAAACGAGUCUUGGAGGGGCUCCCUCAGAAGACCUCUUCGCCUGCCCUGUGCCGGCUGGAGCACACCAGCAGUUUCACCAAGGACUUCCUGAAGACCAUCUGCUACACCCCCUCGUCCUCCCGCAGCUCCAACCUGACGCGCAGCUCCAGCAGCGACAGCAUCCACAGCGUGCGGGGCAAGCCCGGCCUGGUCAAGCAGAGGACUCAGGAGAUUGAGACCAGGCUGAGGCUGGCCGGCUUGACUGUGUCCUCUCCUCUCAAGAGGUCCAACUCUCUGGCCAAACUGGGAUGUCUGAACUUGUCCUCUGAGGACUUGUCCAGUGACAUGGAUGUGUCAACCAUCACGGGCUCAAAAGAGGCCGUUUCCAGCGAGUGCUCCGUGUUCUGUGAGUCACAGAGCACCUCGAGGAGUGCAGAUGUCACCUUCAAGCUGGACCAGCCAGCUGUGGGGAACAUGAAGAACACUCCUGGGGUGGGCAGAAGUUGAUGCCUCCUGUUGGGGGUGGGGGGAGGCAGCAGGGGGUGGGUUUGGGGUUUGUUGGUUUGGGGUUGGGGUUUUUUUUUUCUACAGCGUUUAUUCAUUGCAGUUUCAUCGCCAGACCUGCAGGAGCUCAUCUGGUGCCACCUCCUCUUCCUCUCCUUGUACUCGAAGUGGGGUGAUGCAAAAAGCCCACAAUGGGUCCCAGUGACUGGCAGAAGGGAAAAUAAAAGAGGUGUUGCACGGCUUAGACAGGUCCCUGUGUGUGACUUGCCUCUCUUGUCCUGCAAGAUGCUCUCUGCAGUGCUGUUUGCCAAGGACAGUGACCUGGGUUUGUGCGAGUGACAAUAGGUAGAUGCUGAUCUCUACUUCUCUCUCUCUCUCUCUUUGGACAUCAGAUGCUGAAACGUUCUCUUCCCAAAACUGAACCAAACACUUCAUCAGGACUCUACUCUUUUGUUACAGAACAAACAGAAUGCCAGCUUGGAAGGCACCCCAAGGACCAUCUGGUCUCUGGCUCCAGCAGGAUGCUUGUGGAAAACUCUUCCAGUCCCACUGUGGUGGGAGUUGGAAGGGAUCUCUGGAGAUCAUCCAGUCCCAGCCUCCCUGCUUGGUCAGGGUCACCCUCAGCAGCUUGCCCAGGAUUGGUGUCCCAAGUGAGUUUGGAAUCUCUCCCGAGGGGGAGACUCCACAGCCUGUCUGGGCAGCCUGCUCCAGCGGUGACACAAACACUACCUCUGCUUCUCUUUCCAUCUUGCUUCCUUGGUUCCCAAAGGCUUUCCCCCAGGAUUCCCCAUUUUUGGAAGGUACUCCCUUACCUGUAAAGGACCAUGGAGACUCGGUGGCUGUACCACGCCGAGUGAGCCAGCUGGCAGGUGAAGGACUCUGCAGCUGUGUCAGUGCUGGCUCUGUGACCUGCUGGUGUUUGUCCUCCGUGUGUGACCAGGUGAAUUGUCACAAAUCCAAGCUGGUGCUGGAGUGACACCCAGGCCCUGCCACCUGGGGGGGUGCCUUGGUGUUCUUGGGGUGUUUGCUGUGAAGUGAAGGACUCUGCAGCUGUGUCAGUGUUGGCUCUGUGACCUGCUGGUGUUUGUCCUCCGUGUGUGACCAGGUGAAUUGUCACAGGCCCACGCUGGUGCUGGAGUGACACCCAGGCCCUGCCACCUGGAGAGGCCUUGGUGUUCUGUGGGUGUUUUGCUGUUGUGCUGGUGUGUGAUGUCCCAGCUCUAGUGAUGAGCCUUGCCAGUGGCUGUGCACCCUCGUGAAGCUUUGUGUGAUGCUGUGUUGGUGUCGUGGAUCCUGUGUUGGAGACCUUUGCUGGGCUGCUGGUGCAGGGUGGCCAAGGAGGGUCAGGUCUGCUGGUGUCCCCUGUGUUUGAGAUAGGUGAAGCUGUGUCCCUUUUGGUCAUUGCUGUUGGUUUUGGUGGAAUAGUUCCUGUGUCUCAUGUUGCCAGAAGCCUGGGAAGCUGUUGGCACAGUGCAGGGGGUUCUUUAUGGCGGGUGGCAGGAGGCUGGGUGGCCUCAGAGCGAGGAGAGCCUGGGUGUACGUGUCCCAGCUCUUGUAGAGCAGCCUCAGCCUCCUGCCAAGGGUGACAGAGGUGUAAAUCCUGCUCCUGGGAGGUGCCUGCUUGGGGUGAGCAGUCAGAGAGAGUUAUGGGCUCAAUCCAAAGGGUGUUGAAGGUGGAGUGAGAUCUCCUUGUAGAGGAAAGCUGCUGUGGCCCACAGGGAGGAAGCUGAGGGCUGCCUGUGCUCUCCUUCAGCAGUGUGCCGGUGGUGCAGCCAAGGAGCUGUGUCCCUUCCUGUGGCUGGUCCCAGAGCAUGUCACUGUGCACUGCUCUUGCCCUGCUGCUGUGGCAGGUGCUGGAGCAGCUCACCAGUGCUGUUGGAAAUUCACCUCCCCUUGGGGUGUUUUGGGCAGCCAGCAGCUUAGAACUGCUCCUGUGCAAGGCUUGGCCAAAUCAGCAGGGAAGGGCUUGAGAAAACUGGAAAGGGACAUGCUCCAGACUGGACAUGCUCCAGACUUUGGUGCUCUCCAGGUCUCAUCUGGCUGCUUGAGCCUUCAGAGUGAGGUUUUGAAACAGGCCUGGGGAGAUCCAAACAGACCUUGGGUGUCAAGGGGAUGGAUUUGAUGGGUUAGCAGCCAGGCUGGGAGAUGGAGCUCUCCAAUGGUUUAGGAUCUCCAUCUAAAGCCAUUCCUAAAAGCUCUCUUUGAUGUGGGGGUGAGAACAGGGCUGCCAGAAACCCUCCUCAGAGGCUGUCAUCAGAACUCCACUGUCCUGAGGAAGGGAGCCACAGAUUUUUGUGUCCUAGAUCCAGAAUUUGCCUUUGUUUUUUAACCUUAAGCAUAAGAGCUGGGAUUUUUCUGUGAGGUGUGAGGAGCUGGAGGGACUGGAUGUCCCUCCCUAAAGUCUUCAGUUUACUGGACAAGUUGAGUUUCAGGCACUCUGGAUUGGAGCCAUGGAAGUGUGCCCAACUCUUUGCUUUUUAGGGCUGAGCAGCCUGUUCCAGUGUCUCACCACCCUCAGUGUGAUCUGUGGCCAGGUCACUGCCAUACAGCCCCAUUAGUGGUGUCCUCUUUAUUGUCCUCCCUUGCACUCUUUCUGAUUGAGGGGGAGCAGACAGGAGGUCCUGGGGUGGUUGGAUGCCCACAAGGCUCAGAGCAGCCCCUCUGGGAGCUCUCUGUGCCUCCUGCCCAGCAAACCUCCACCCCAGGGCUUGAUGCCAGCCCAGCUCACCCAUCAGUGCCCUUCCCAAGGACCACUUGUUACUUCUCUCUGCGUUACACUGGCACCUUCCUGAGUGCUGCAGACUCUUCUCACUGCUGCCCAGCCAGGGGAAGAAACCCAGGCUGGAUCUGGACGGCCUCGGGAGGAUUCUGUUCACUGACAGAAGCCAGCCCAGAUGUUUCCUCCCUGCUUCCCUCAGUGCCUGCCAAGCUCUGCCCCUCAACCCCCUGCUCUCCUGGGGCGUAUCUCGGCGCUGGACGCCUUUUCUUUCCAUCCCUGGGGCUCACUCUCUGGACCAGCCCUACCACCUCACCCAUGCAGCCUGGGGCCACCUGAGGUGGUUUGGGGUGGGGGUGGGUUGGUCUGAAAGCCAAGGUUCUGCUGGAAGCACCCAUGUGCCAUGUCCAAGGGUUCUGUAGCCAAAGCCCCGGCGCUGGCAGGCUCCGUUGCACUGUUGCAUGAGCCAGGUAGAUGUUUGUCCCUCGGCAUGCUGUCUGUGUCCCCUCACACCCCAGUGCCUUACUACUAGUUUACAAACACCCUCUCUUUCUGCUGAGCUGUUCAACCCCACCCCACCCCCCCUCGGCUCUUUUCUUCUCUUGGUGCUGUUGGUGUUUGCGGUGGCAGCGAGAACCGUUAGAGUUGUGCAACCCACCCCGCUGAGCUCGGCGCCGCUUCACCACUUCCCCUCUGCUCUCCUCCUGGCGAAACCAAAGGGUUGAGCUCCCACCCUGCCAGCUGCAGCUGCUGCUGCUGCCCCCUCUUUAUCUAUGCAUCGCCGCAGAACUGCAGCUGGGGGUGGGGUCCGGAGGGGCGACCCAGCUGUGCCCUGUCCAAACCUUGUCUCACCCAGCCAGAAACCCCCAAAAGGCACAAAUCUGGCACCUCCUUUCCAGCGCAGGCUUUGCUGCCCUGGGUGAUAGCAACGGCCCCGUCCUCCUGGUUGCCCUCUGUGGUUGGCUUGGUGCUGGCAUCGCUCUGCCAAGAGCUUCCAGGCUGGGGAAGGAGGGGUGGAGAGCAGCCUGGUGAGCAGAGAGCUGGUGGGGGUGAGGUGGAGCCGUCUCUCUGCUCCCAACCUUCUGUGUUUCAUGGUGGUUCUUACUUCUGGGGUUCUCCUGAGCUCCCCAGGACCUUUUGUACUGUACACCCUGGGGGAGAGGAGAUGCAUAAAGCACUUUUUUGGUUUGUUUUUGGUUUGUUUGUUUUUUACUUUGAUAUGUUUUAAAAAAAUGAAAAAGGAACAAAAAAAGGUUAAAAAACUAACUCUGUACUGUACAUUUUCUGUGCUUCUUGUGAGAGGAAAAUAAAGUUUGGGCUUGGUUUUGCCUUUUACAA